GUAUUUCCGGUUCCCGCCUCAGCGAAUGGCGGCAGACUUGAUGGGAGUUGAAGAAGAAGGACACAAAAUGGCGUACCGCCUCUGUCCUAUCAGACGAUGGCGCUGCUAGAUUAAAAAAGAAAAGUAGUCAAGGUGGAUUCAAAGUGAAGUUUGCGGAAGUGAACAGGUGGAGCUUGAACGAGUCGUCACGGUUCCGUCCAAAUAAACCGAACAGGUCGUGAAUGAGGAAGUUUAUUAGCAGUUAGUGCCUCCAUUUUGCGUCGUCACGUCGUGUUUAGCUCACGUGCGGUCGCGUUAAUGUUUACCUGCAAUCAGCCUCACCUGCGUCAGUUACAGUAAACCGAGUUUAAGGAAACUAACAGCCUGCCAACCAUUAACCAUAACAUCACCAGUGCUUUUAUUUUAGAUCAUAAAGAAGUCGAGUUAUAAAUGUUUUUAAACAGCUGGAUUUCCAGAUGUUCCCUGUAGACCUUCCAGCUGUGGAUGACACUGACCUGACAUCAGCGUCUGAACGGUACCUCUCUUCUCUGGAGUCAAGUCCUCAUAAUAAAGAAGUGUUUCAGCCAGCGCAGAUGUCAAAGGUAGAGAUAACACCCAACAAUGUGAGGCGGUUGCAGCUGUUUGAAGAUGACCAACCUGACUGUACGCUGCUGGCGCUUCACCCUCCCGACGAUCCAACACAAGUGAUUGCUGUAUACCUGCACGAGGAGUGGUGGUGUGUGGAUGACGUCUUACGGACGUCCAGCGAAUCCAGAAGUGGCUUGAUGUUGGUCCAGUCGAUCAUGGAGAGAGUGAUCGUGUUCCUGCUCAGUCAGGUGGUGGAGAGGUCCACGGGGGAUGAGGAGGAAGAGGUCCGGUUCUGCCCACACCCCCGCACAGAGAGCUGCAAGCUGCUGUGGAGAGACAAUCAGGUGGUCGGCUUCUACACCGUCAAACACAAAGGCAGCCUGUGCGACAGCUGGACGAGUCAGGCUUACCUGCUGCCGGUUCUGGACACGGUGCUGGUGAGGAAGAGCUGCAGGAGACGAGGCUUCGGCCUUCAGAUGCUGGAGGAUUUCUGCUCCUCAUUCUGCAGCGAGAAGUUUCUGGGAGUCAGCUGUCCGUUAUCACCGAGCAUGGCAGCAGUGUGUAGGAGGUUCCUGCAGCAGCACGAGGACCAGCGGGAGCGCCUGUACGAGGUGGAGGCUCCGGGCGGUUGGACCCAAAGACGAAACAUCUGGCUCAACACCCAGUUGGGACGCUACUCCCUCGGUGUUAAAGAGAUGAGCCGCCCAGCAUCAGAAGAAACACAAAGAAAAGAAGGAGAUGAUGACUCAGCUCAGAAGAAACAGCCGCACAAUUGUAGAUUGGACCUGACCUCAUCCAGCACCUGCGAUGUGAACACGGCACCAGCAAUCGGCUUUCCCGGACAACAAGUUAAACCAUGUGAUCCGAGCCAAGCAGCAGCAGGAGGAGGAGGAGGAAGCUCCCCGAGCGGCGAGAUCCCAGGAACAGGAUGUAGCCCCACAGCCAACGCCAACGCCAGCGAUCUGGACUCUGGGCCUCCCGUCGGACCGACGCAAUCCCAAAACACAAAACAAGCUCUGAUAUCCAAACCCUGUGUAUCUGCAGAGCUUCACAGAGAGAAGCCAGAGGAGGAGAGUCAAAGAAGGGCCAAACGAGUCAGAAGGACAUGAGUUAAAUCACAGGCAUUGUGUGCAACAGCAGCCCACAGAGGGAAGUGUUCAUAUGGAUUGAGUUGUUGCUGCAUCCACCUACACUGUAUUCUGUAUUUAUGUUGGGGAGUUUAGCCUGAUAUGAAUAAAUGAACUGUACAGUAUUCUGGAGGACCUCGCCUCAGGACUGGUUGGUGUUGAUGCUUCAUUCUUUUGUUAUCUUUGUUCGAGCAGACCAAAUUGAACUUUCAGGCUACAGUCACACAAAAUCAACAUUCACC